AUGACAGACGACGAAGCUACCAACAAUCUGUUUGGGUUCGACGGCUCGAGCCAGGGCAUUCUAGACGAUCGCUCUGCGUCGACCGACAUCAACACCGACAACUCCUACACCUCUGACGAUGCUCAGUUCGACUCUUCCGCCUGGGAGUUCCCUGACAUGCCCUUCACCUUUGGCGCCCCAUCAUCAGCAUCCGGUGGCAUGGACCCUAGCUACCCAGCUUCCGUAUGGGACUCGCCACCCUUUGACAUGCAACAGUCCCCGUCUCUAGGCUUCGAAGACAGCGCAUCCUCCAACAAUGAUGCCAUGUUCCUCUUCGGACCACCUGUCGUGCCUCAGCAACAACUGCCCCAGCAGCAGCAGCAGCCGCCGCAGCAGCAGCAGCAGCAACAACAGCAGCAGCAGCAGCAGCAGACACAACCUACGCCCGUCAAGCCCGAGCGUAUGGCUGCCACCAUCCUGACGCCUGCCGCCGAGGAACAGCUACGCAACAUCGCCAUGCCUCCUCAUCUCCAGUACCACUCGCCCAAGAGUGCCUCAAGCCCAGACUCCCUCACAUCCAAGCAAGGAUCUAAGACUAAGAACCAGAAGAAGAGGAAGGCCUCCGAGGAAUUGGAAGAUGACGAGGAGGAGGACGAGGACGGCAAGCCCGUCAAGAAGACGUCCCACAACAUGAUUGAAAAGAGGUACCGCAACAACCUCAAUGAUAAGAUCUCCGCCCUGCGCGAUGCCGUCCCCAGCCUACGUAUCAUGUCUAAGAGUGCACGAGGCGAGGAUACCUCGGAGGAUCGCCAGGAGCUGCAUGGCCUCACCCCGGCACACAAGCUUAACAAGGCUACAGUCCUAAGCAAAGCAACCGAAUACAUCUGCCACCUCGAGAAGCGCUACAACAGACUCCAGGAAGAGAAUGAGACCAUGCGUGCGAGGAUAGCCGCGUUCGAGAAGCUCUUCAUGGCUGGUGCUAUGAAUGGCUCCAUCGGUCAGACGCAGCCCCCGUCCACGCCUAUGCAAUACGCCGCCCAGGACAGCCGAGGGCAGCAGCAGGAUUAUUCAAAAUCACCUGCCUCUUCGCAAGACAGCUCCUCGGGGCCGUCUGGCAUGAUCCAGGUCCCCGAUGACAUGAAGCGUAUCCUGGCCGCCCAGAUGGCCGCCGGACAGGCCUACCCCAUCCCUCAGCAGCAGCUCCAGCAAGGCAUGGUUCAGCAGCAGCAGAUCCAGCAGCAGCAGCAGGAGCAGCUCGGCCGCUGGGGCAACGCCUCUCCCUAUCUCGGUAAACUGAUGGUCGGAUCGCUGGCCGGUCUGAUGAUCAUCGAAGCCGUGUCGGAGACGGAGACGAGUAACGAGGAACCGCAGGGUCGGGGACUCUUUGCACUUCCCCUGCACCUGCUGGGUCGCCUCACAACCUCUCUCGAUUUCAACCUGAUGGGCUACCACGUCCAUACGUCGCUGAAGCUUCUCCUUCUCGCCGGCACACUUCUGUGGGUCUUUGUGCCCUCGCUGUUUGCCUCGUACGGCAGGACGCCCAAGAAGCCACAGCAGCUGUCUAUGCUGCAGCCCGCCCCUUCGCUGGCGUCCUCCAUUCAGGUCCGCCGACAGGCCUGGCUGACGGCUGCCCAAUCGGUCUGGAUCCCCCGUCAGAAUUUCCUUCUAGAGGCCUCUGCCCUCCUGCUCAAGGUUGUCAAGGUGAGCAUCCUCAAGCUCGUGGGUGCCCACGGCUACCAGCUUCUCAGUGGGGCGACGGCUGACCAGGACGGUGCUCGCGCCAAGGCCUGGUCCAUCGCUAUUGACUCGCAGCUUGCUGGCGGCGACAUCGAGAUCAACAAGAGCCGCCUCAUCAUGACCUUCCUCGCAUCCGCCGCGCUGCCCUCCACACCAGCCAGGCUCAUGCUCAGGUCGCUCCACAUCCGUAUCCUCCUCUGGGACCUUGGACAGCACAAGUGGAACGGUGUCACCCACAGCCUGGCCGCGCGACUCGCCCGGUCAAGGUGGGAGAAGGCUCGCCAGCUGAACCGCGCCCUGAUUGAGAACCACCGGACGACGUCGACGUCGCACGAGGACGAGCUCCCUGACCACCUCGCCCAGCUCGUCGAGCAGGACUGCGACAGCGUCCUGAACUCGCGCCUCAUCCAGCGCGCCCACAACCUCGCCUUCAACAGGGACACCCGACACGGCGUCGAGAAGCCCCUCGACGGCAUGGACUCGGUCGUCGAGGACAUGGCCAUCGGCACGCCCAUGGACGCCGUCUCUGCCUGGUGGUCCACCCAGCUCCUGCACGAGGCGCUGACGUCGACGCUGGACAAGAACGAUGACGGCCCCGUCUCCCGGGACGCCAAGGUCGACCUAGCCAUCCACACGGCGCCGGUUGGCUCCGUGGCACAGACACGCGCCAUCGUGGCCCGCGCCGCUCUCUCCGACGAACACCGUGGCUCCAACAUUGCUCUGGCCCUCCAGACGGUCGGCACCGACAAGAUGGGCGCCCCGCUACGCACCUCGGCCUCGACGGUCGGGGACCUGUCCGGCAGCCUGUCCGCCACGAUGGCCCCGGCCUCGAGCCCGGACAUGCAGCUGACGCUCCGCUGCGCCACGGCCAUUGCCCACCUGCGCCGGUUCGAGAGCAAGAACACGACGGCCAACCCCCAGUACCUCCAGGCCAUCGAGGCCGUCACCAUCCCCGCCGACUCGUCGGACAUGUCCGUCGUCGGUUUCACGGCCGUCAUGGAGCUCAUCGAGCAGUACUACCAGAACAAGACUGCCGCCGAAGCAUCGUCGGCCUCGCUCGAGAGGCUGGCCGGCGGUCUCCGCCUGUGGAUCGGCGGCCCGGCCGGCGACGACUGCGGCCUCAGCGCCAUCGUCCGCCACAAGGUGGUGGACAGGUGUCUCUCCAUCACCAAGAGCCUCGUCGGCAUGGAGGUCGACACCGGCUACGGCAGUCUGUCUGACGAAGAAGUUGAGGCUUAA